CUCUCUCUCUCUCUCCAAAUGGAAUUCCAACUUUUCUUCAGAAUUCUCUACUGGGACAUCAGAGUUCACAAUUUUCUCUCAGAUGUCCACUACUUUCUCCAAACUCUGCUAGCUUUCAUUGCCACCAAAUGGAAAACUUGUCCCAACACGAAAAGCCGAAACACUGAUCAGCCAUUGCAGUGCAUUCCCAUUGAUCGUGAGAUUAAUCCCAUUGUUGAUGAUCAAGAACUUUGCUUUGGAGAGCUAAAGAUGGUGAUGGACAGGUUGGGUAUAUCGUACGAUCCAAUUGGUGCUGAUGAUGACAAGUUUGGUGUAGAAGAGUUUUCAACAAUGUUUGAUGAUGAAGAGCCUUGUUUUGAAGAGUUGGAGGAAGCUUUUGGAGUGUUUGAUGUGAACCAAGAUGGGUUCAUAGAUGCAACUGAGUUGCAGAGAGUACUCUAUAGUUUAGGGCUAAUGGAGAGAUCACAGGUGGAGGAGUGCACUAGGAUGAUUUGUGCAUUUGAUGAAAAUGGGGAUGGACUCGUUGACUUCAAUGAGUUUGUCAAAUUAAUGGAGAAGUGUUGCUAAAAAGUUCUUGGCCAAAUAAUAAUUUCAUCUUUUUAUUUUAUUUUUUUUUUUUCAAGUUGGACAUGUAUCUAGUUUGUGGAUAUAAAAAAUAACGUGUUUUUUUCUUAGUCUAUGUACUGGUGAAAUUUCUUUUAUGAUAUGAAAUAUUAAAUUUUUGUGAGUUAGGAAUUUGACUUGGACCAAACUGAAGUUGAAUCAAGCCCAACGAAUCAUUGAAGAAAUUUUGAUAGUUCCUUAAUUGUUUGAGUUGGUUUGAGUUGAAUUUAAAC